UGGCAGAGGCAGAGCACGAGCAGCAACCGCCGCUCCGUCUCCCUCCGUAUCGCCAGCACGCACCCCGCCCUCCCCUCUGCAAACCCACUCACCGCGCGUCGCCUCCUCCGCUUCCUCCUCCGCCUCCGCCGGGUGAAGUCGAAGCGAUGGGAAGUGUGACAUUUGAUUUGAAUGAGCAGCAGCAUGAAAAUAGAGGUGGCAGCUUUAAUUAUGUGUUGCUGCAAAAGGACUGUAAGAACAUAUGCCGCACCAAAGUUUGUGAUCUCCCCAUAGAAGUGCCGUUCAUUUGGUCAAUUAUUUCAUUUAUGCCAACUAAAGCAUACCAGAAGAGGGACCUCCCAAAAUUUUCACUGCUUCCUGAUCCCGAAGAUGGCCAUCAGAAUUCUGAAUGGGGAAAGUUCUUGCGCUUCCUAUCGGAUAAUAAAAAGGCUGCUAUUGCUAGAUGUGGGUCCUCAACCUUCCACAUACUUCCUCCUCAAUCUGAGGAAUGCUCAAACUUUUCACAUGCGGUGCUCUUAUACGAGUGUGGACGAAGUGGACCUGGAGAUUGCAAUCAGAUGGCAGGAACAUCUGGGAGACAUGUGAAUGGUACUGCAGUGAAUUCUUCAAAGAGGUCUUACAAGAGUGAAGUUCAAUAUGGCUUGAGGAACUCUAAGCCACCAUACUUCAAAGAGGAGAUUUGUGAUAGUGGGCUAAAUGCCAAGGAGAUGGAAACGUCACCUAAGCAUCGUAAUCCACAAGUCACAGAACCCCAUAGACCAGUUCCAGAAUCCUCACCAUGCGAGUCUGUUGAAGACAGCCCUAGAGUUUUGAAUCCAGCAGUACAAAAGAGAACGGCUUCUCCUGCAAAAAGUUUCAUCGUUGCAGACCCUAGUUAUCUGCGGACACUUAGUCAGACACAUGCUAGCUGGAUAUUUGGAGCAAUAGCUGAGCUCGUUGACAACUCCAGAGAUGCUGGUGCAUCUAGGCUGAAUAUUUCUGUUGAAUCUUUGUUUUCAAAGAAAGCACAAAGGAAAAUUCCUGUUUUAUCUGUAAUUGAUGAUGGGCAUGGAAUGACUUAUGCUGAUAUGAUGAGAAUGAUCUCUUUUGGUCACAAACGACCUACUGAUCAUCGAGAGGAUCAGAUUGGGAGAUUUGGAAUUGGAUUUAAGACUGGUGCUAUGAAACUUGGAAAAGAUGCAAUUGUGCUCACACAAACUUUAUCAUCCAGAUCAGUGGCCUUUCUUUCUCAGUCUUUUAAUGAAGGAAAGGAUAAUCUUGAGAUCCCUGUGGUGGCAUAUCGAAAGGAAGGGCAAUACAUGGAAGUUGAUUUGAGUGUCCAAUCUGAAGCUACUGCAGAAUAUAACCUGAAUGCUAUUAAGGAGUUUUCUUCCUUUAACGAGUAUUUCAUAGGAGAAAAAUUAGGCCUAUUUGGUGAGGAGCGUACUGGGACACAAAUUUACAUAUGGAACUUAGACAGAUGGGGUAAUGAUUACACUCUGGAGUGGAAUUCUGGCAAGUCUUCUGAAAAUCCUGUGCACAGUGGUCGUGGAGACAUAUUAAUUCGUUCAAGAAGAGUGAGAUCACGUCCAGGACAAACAAGUAACAAGGUCCCAUUGGACUAUUCUCUUCAGUCCUAUUUGGAAGUUAUGUUCCUGAAUCCUCGGAUGAAGAUAUCUGUCCAAGGCUCUUUGGUCAAAACCCGCCCUUUGGCAAAGACCCUUAACAAGACAUCUGUUAUUUCUGGUGAAAUUAUGGGAAGGACUAUUGUAUUGACUCUGGGAAGGAGCAAGGUAGAAUGGGACAGAACAAAUUGUGGAAUUUUCUUGUAUUGGCAUGGUCGUCUAAUUGAGUCUUACAAACGGGUUGGAGGCCAAAAGCACAGUGCUGACGUGGGACGUGGAGUAAUAGGAGUUGCAGAUAUUACAAAUCUCAUUGAUGAUGGAGAUGACAAUUCUUGGGUUUUGAACAGUAAACAGGGGUUUCAAGAUUGUGAAAUGUAUGCUAAACUGGAGGAGUGGCUUGGCAAGAAAGUGGACGAAUACUGGGACACACAUUUUGACAAUCUUGAGUUGAGAAAAGGGGAUGAGCGCCACAAGCCUGAUUCUGAAUGGGUUCAGUGCUACAGCUGUCGUAAGUGGAGAAUGUUGAAUGCAGGCUUCAAUACAAACACUCUUCCGGAGGAAUGGUUCUGCUACAUGCCACCCUUCAAUGGGAAAUGUGAGGUUCCAGAGCAACAAAUGGGACGUGGUAUCAUCGUGAUUGGUGAGAAGAGAUCUGGCCAUGAUGAACAAAAUAGGACUGCCCGGCAAGGAGAGACACCAAAGAAGGAAAUGAGGCCCGAGAGCCUCGAGGCUGAGAAGAUUACUCAAGAUGAUGGAGACACGAAGAAUGUCUGGGGUCCCCUAGAGGUCAACAAGCGAAAUAAAUCUUCAAGUGGCACCCCAUCAAAGCCCAAGGACAACAGCGAUGAUGAUCUUGAAUGUGCGUCCUCACAAACAGAGGAUGGUGCGCCUCGUCCUGCUUUGAAGAGGCUAAGAAGGGGGCCUGCGAAGAUUUACAAAUGCUGAGGAAAUUGAAAAAUACUUGUGGGUAUAAUGCAUUGUUGAACUUCGAGACCGAUGCUUGAGACCAACUUUUGGAGGAGCGCUGCAGCAGUACAAUCCCAUGGUUCUUGUGCAGUAGAGUUUAACACAUGCUACAUAGGCGUGUUUGUAAAAAAAUUAGUGGUUGAUUAGCUGUUUGUUUGUAGGUUGAUUAGCUGUUUGUUUGUAGGUUGAUUAGCUGUUUGUAAGUAGGUGUUUCUCGUUCUCAAAAUGUUGAGCUUCAGGUGGUGAAUGUGUGUAUAGCUGGCCUGUGAGCCUGCAAUGUUGGAGGGGUUUAGAAGGGCGGAUUAUUUUGGUUCGACAUAUGGCGUAUUAAGGCGUUUAAUCUUAGUCGGCUAGCCGGAUGCCUUACCUCCUAGGCAAUUUUUGUACUCAUGGAGCGGGCUGCUAUUUUGAUCUACUCCCUCAGUCCCACGAAGACUACUGUUUAUUUAGAAAACUUCAGACAUUAAUAUUAGUGAAAAAUAAUCAUGUUACCUCUAAUUAA